AUGGUAAUUCCUGUUCAGUACCUGAUGGACGGCUUUUCUUCUUCUUCUUGUGUGCUUUCAGAUUCUCGAGCUGGAGAAGGAGCUCCCAGAACGGUGGACCAUGCAGUCAUCGGAGGAGUGGUGGCCGUCGUGGUGUUCGCCAUGCUCUGUCUACUCAUCGUCUUGGGACGCUACUUUGCGAGACACAAAGGUACCUACUUCACACAUGAAGCCAAAGGAGCAGACGAUGCAGCGGAUGCAGAUACAGCCAUCAUCAACGCAGAGGGCGGCCACACCAACUCGGACGAAAAGAAGGAGUACUACAUCUAAUCAAACAGGACCCCUCACUCUAGUGUCCUCCUUUGGACACUGAGCUGUUUUUCUGGGGAUGGGGGGCAGGAGGACGAGGUGGGGGUUGAUGGAGGGUUUAGUGAGAGUAGAGGGGUCAAGGAGAGAGG